AUGAAUAAAGCCAACAUAUUCUGCACCGACACAAACAUGAAAGUCAUAUUGUUCUCUGAAGUGAGUGUUGGGAUCUCAGCUAACAGUAUCCUUUUUAUUUCCCACCUCUGCAUGUUCCUUGGUGAAAGCAGGCCUAAGCCCAUUGAUCUCUACAUUGCUUUCUUCUCCCUAACCCACCUAAUGCUGCUUGUAACUAUGGGACUCAUAGCUGUGGAUAUGUUUAUGCCUGGGGGGAGAUGGGAUUCUACCACAUGCACAUUUCUUAUGUAUUUGCACAUUGUUUUGAGGGGCCCCACACUUUGUGCUACCUGCCUGCUGAAUGUCCUUUGGACCAUCACCCUUAGUCCAAGAAACUCCUGUUUAACAAAGUUUAAACAUAAAUCUCCCCAUCACAUCUCAGGUGCCUUUCUUUUCCUCUGUGUUCUCUAUAUGUCUCUUAGCAGUGAACUCUUAUCGAUUACUGCUUCUCUGAAUUUGACUUCAGAGAAUUUUCUGUAUGUUUCUCAGUCCUGCUCAAUUUUACCCAUGAGUUACUCCAUAAAAAGCAUGUUUUCCACGAAGAUGGCCAUCAGGGAAGCCUUUCUCAUUGGUCUCAUGGUCCUGUCCAGUGGGUACAUGGUAGCUCUCCUAUGGAGUCACAAGAAGCAGGCCCAGCACCUUCACAGCAACAGCCUUUCUUUAAAAGCAUCCCCAGAGCAAAGGGCCACCAGGACCAUCAUGCUGCUCAUGAGCUUCUUUGUGGUUUUCUACAUUUUAGACUCUGUUAUCUUCUACUCAAGGAUGAAGUUCAAGGAUGACUCAAUAUUUGUCUGUGUCCAAAUUAUUGUGUCCCAUAGCUAUGUCACAGUCAGCCCUUUUGUAUUUAUUUGCACUGAAAAGCAUAUAAUUAAGUUUUUCUGGUCAUUGUGUGGCAGAAUAGUAAAUAUUUGA